UUGCUCCAUUUAGGAAAGAGAGUUGAUAUAAAUCAUUCAUUGCUCUUCUCAUAUUGACAGACUGAUGUUCUCCCUGAGUUGCUAGGGAUAUUACUUUUAAUUUUUUGGAACAUUCUCUUGGCAAUGUCCUCUACCAGUUCUCAACAAUCUGACCCUCUGAUUUUCUUUGUGAAUGGGAAAAAGGUAGUAGAAAGACAUGCAGAUCCUGAAUGGAAUCUGAUGGAUUAUUUGAGAAGAAAUCUAUCCCUGACAGGAACCAAAUAUAGCUGUGGAACAGGAGACUGUGGAGCCUGCACUGUGAUGAUAUCAAAAUACAACCCAGACACCAAGAAGAUCCACCAUUAUUCUGCUACUGCAUGCCUGACUUCCAUUUGUUCUCUCCAUGGUACUGCUGUCACCACAGUAGAAGGCAUUGGAAGCAUCAAAACCAGGAUUCAUCCAGUUCAGGAGCGACUUGCCAAAUGCCAUGGCACUCAGUGUGGAUUCUGCAGCCCAGGCAUGGCCAUGUCCAUAUAUACUCUACUGAGGAACCAUCCAAUUCCAUCAACAGAGCAGUUAAUGGAAGCUCUUGGUGGUAAUCUGUGCCGAUGUACUGGAUACCGACCAAUUCUAGAAAGUGGGAAGACUUUCUGUGAGGAACCAACUGUUUGUCAACUUCAAGGAACAGGAAAGUGUUGCAUGGAUCAAGAGGAAAACCAGUACUCUCUGAAUAAGAAGGAAGAAAUGUGUACUGAGCUGUAUGACAAAAGUGAAUUCCAGCCCUAUGAUCCAUCCCAGGAGCCUAUAUUUCCGCCUGAGCUAAUAAGGAUGGCAGAAGAUCCCCAAAAGAAAACUCUUUAUUUUCAUGGAGAAAAGGUUCUGUGGAUUUCUCCUGUUUCUCUGAAUGAACUUCUGGAGCUAAGAAUGAAGUACCCUACAGCACCCCUUGUCAUGGGUAACACCACAGUGGGACUAAAUAUGAAAGUUAAAGGAGAAUUCCACCCUCUUAUUAUUUCUCCAAUUGGACUUCCAGCAUUAAAUUUUGUGGAUUUUAAAGAUGAUGGUGUGACAAUAGGUGCUGGAUGUAGCCUGUCUGAAAUGAAAGAAAUUUUGACUCAUGCAGUUUCAGAGGAACCAAAAGAAAAGACUAAAACAUACCGUGCUCUCUUAAAGCACUUGCGAACGUUGGCAGGACAACAGAUCCGGAACAUGGCUACUUUAGGGGGGCAUGUGGCAAGCAAACAUGAUUAUUCUGAUAUCAACCCUGUUCUGGCAGCAGGCAAGGCCAUCCUCAAUUUAAUUUCCAAAGAUGGAGAACGGCAAAUCCUCAUAGAAGAACUUUUCACAACACCUUCUCUCAAGGAAGAACUUCGUCCUGGAGAGUUAAUCUUCUCUGUUUUUGUUCCCCAUUCCAGAAAGUGGGAAUUUGUAUUUUCCUAUCGACAAGCACAGAGAAUGGAAAAUGCCUUUGCAAUUGUUAAUGCUGGAAUGAGUGUUCAUUUUGAAGAAGGUACAAACAUUAUUCAGGACCUUAAGCUGUUCUUUGGAAGUGUUGGCCCUACCACAGUCUCAGCAAGUAAAACCUGUAAGCAGCUCAUUGGGAGACAAUGGAAUGAUGAAAUGUUGAGAGACGGGAUCAGAAUGGUGCUGGAAGAGAUUUUUAUUCUACCUACCACAGCUGGAGCCACGGUGAAAUAUAAAAAAACCCUGACGACCAGUUUCUUCUUCAUAUUCUAUCUCAGCGUGAAAAAAGAACUGCAUGAGCUGGAACAAAGAUACCCAGAUAUCCCAGAAACUUCCAUUAGUGCUCUAGAAGAUUUUCCCAUCAAGAUUCCAGAGGGAAGAGAAAUGUUCCAGUGUGUAGAUCCCCACCAAUCUCCCCAAGAUCCAGUUGGACAUCCAGUCAUGCAUCAGUCAGGGAUUAAACAUGCCACCGGGGAGGCUGUCUACUAUGAUGACAUACCCCAAGUGGACAAAGAACUUCACCUGGCUGUGGUGACCAGUACCAGAGCACAUGCAAAAAUCUUGUCAAUCGAUAUUUCAGAGGCCCUUAAAUUUCCAGGUGUCGUUGAUGUGAUAACUGCCAAAGAUGUCCCAGGAGAAAAUAACCAUGAAGGAGAGAUAUUAUAUGCAGAAGAUGAGGUGAUUUGCGUGGGGCAGAUUAUCUGUUCUGUGGCCGCAGAUACACAUGCCCAUGCAAGGCAAGCAGCUGAGAAAGUGAAGAUUACUUAUGAGGAUGUAGAACCAAGGAUAAUAACCAUAGAGGAAGCCAUAGAGCACAAAUCCUUUAUGUUUGAAGAGAAGAAAAUAGAAAAAGGAAAUGUAGACAAAGCAUUUAAACAUGUAGAUGAAAUAAUUGAAGAUGAAGUCCAUGUUGGAGGGCAAGAACAUUUUUAUAUGGAAACACAAACAACUUUGGUUUUCCCAACAGGAGAAGAUAAUGAAAUGGUGAUAUUCAUAGGAACACAGUUUCCAACCCAUGUUCAGGACUUCACAGCUGCUGCCUUGGGUGUCCCAAGGAACAAGAUCAUGUGCCACAUGAAAAGAACUGGUGGAGCCUUUGGAGGGAAAGUUACCAAGCCUGCCCUGCUGGGAGCUAUUGCUGCAGUGGCUGCUCACAAGACUGGCCACCCAAUUCGUUUCAUGUUGGAACGAUGUGAUGACAUGCUAAUAACUGGUGGUCGCCACCCAAUACUUGCAAAAUUUAAAGUAGGAUUCAUGAAAAAUGGCAAGAUCAAAGCUGUGGAUAUUCAGUAUUUUACCAAUGCUGGAUGUACGGCUGAUGAGUCUGAAAUGGUUUUAGAGUUCAUAGUACUGAAAUCUGAAAACGCUUAUGAUAUUCCCAACUUUCGGUGCAGGGGUAGAGCCUGUAAAACAAAUUUGCCAUCCAACACAGCCUUCAGGGGAUUUGGCUUCCCACAAGGAACUUUGGUGGUUGAAAAUUACAUAACAGCUGUGGCAAUCAAAUGUGGUUUAUUACCAGAAAAGGUUAGGGACAUGAACAUGUACAAAACACCUAACACAACCGCUUAUAAAGAACCAUUUAAUCCAGAGCCAUUGCUAAAAUGUUGGAAACAGUGUUUGGAGAAAUCUUCAUUCCAGAGUAGGAGAACAGCCAUAGAAGAAUUUAACAAGAAAAAUGACUGGAAAAAGCGAGGGAUUGCUAUUAUUCCCAUGAAAUUUACAGUUGGAGUCCCUCAUACAAGUGAAAGUCAGGCUGCCUCUCUAGUUCAUAUCUAUCAGGAUGGGUCUGUAUUAGUGACUCAUGGUGGUUGUGAACUAGGACAAGGUCUUCACACCAAAAUGAUUCAGAUUGCUAGUCGAGAACUGAAAAUACCUUCAUCAUAUAUACACCUUUCUGAAACAAGCACUACCACUGUGCCCAAUGCCAGCUAUACAGCUGGAUCGAUGGGAACAGACAUCAAUGGAAGAGCAGUUCAGAAUGCUUGUCAGACUCUUUUGAAGCGCCUUGACCCUAUCAUCAAGAAAAAUCCAAAAGGAAAAUGGGAAGACUGGGUUUCUCAAGCUUUCUCAGAAUCCAUCAGUCUGUCAGCUACUGGAUAUUUCAGGGGCUACAAGACAUAUAUGGAUUGGGAGAAAGAAGUAGGUCAUCCAUAUCCUUAUUUUGUUUAUGGAGCAGGCUGUUCUGAAGUUGAGAUUGACUGCCUGACUGGGGCUCAUAAGCUUUUCAGAACUGACAUCUUCAUGGAUGCUGCUUUCAGUAUAAAUCCUGCUGUUGACAUAGGACAGAUUGAAGGUGCAUUUAUUCAAGGCAUGGGAUUGUAUACAACUGAAGAACUGAAGUACUCCCCAGAAGGUGUUCUUUACACUAGGGGUCCAGAUGAUUAUAAAAUCCCUACAGUUACUGAAAUUCCAGAAAAAUUCUAUGUCACUUUGGUGCAUUCCCGCAACCCCAUAGCCAUAUACUCAUCCAAGGGCCUAGGAGAGGCUGGAAUGUUCAUGGGAUCAUCUGUGUUCUUUGCUAUCAUGGAUGCUGUGGGUGCAGCACGAAGGAAGAGAGGACUUAUGGAGCCUUUCACUAUGAAUAGCCCAGCAACUCCUGAGCUGAUUAGAAUGUCUUGUGUGGAUCAGUUUACUGAACAGAUUCAUAGAGAUGACCCUUCAACUUUCAAAUCUUGGUCUAUUCAUGUUUCCUAAAAUGUGAGAGAAUGGAAAAGGGCUAUAUCUAUGAUUGAUUUUAAAAGUCUCAAAUCAAACUAAAAUGUACUUUGGCUUAUAAG